GAGGCGAGCAGCACAGACUAUUAUUCAAUCUAUUUGCGUUCGCCGUUGUUUGAUUCAAGUUGAAUGCCGCAUUGUUCGGUUUAUUUAUUCUUUAAUUGCGAUUCGAUGCAUGUUCGUGUUCGAAAAAAGCAAUUAUAAUAACAAUCACAAAUACUCUUGCUAAAGGGGAGAAAUUCGGCAAGGAAAACAGAUUCAUCAAAUUAGUUGGAUAAUACUUCACAUUAAAAUGGAAAUUCAACAAUUGGAAAUACUUUGCAAACAGCUUUACGAAGCUACUGAUCCCAUCAUACGUAUCGAUGCAGAAAAGGCACUUGUUGUGUUUGUCAGCAGCCCUGAUGCACUGCCCAAAUGCCAGCUGCUCCUGGAUCGCGCAGACUCAAGCUACGCUCAGUUGCUCGCCGCUUCCACACUUACAAAACUUAUACAGGGACUUACGCUAGAGCAGCGUAUUGACAUACGCAGCUAUGCACUCAACUAUUUGGCAACUAGGCCCAACUUACAGCACUUUGUAAUACAGGCCUUAGUAACAUUACUGGCUAAGAUCACGAAAUAUGGAUGGUUUGAUUCCUACAAGGGCGAAUUAAUAUUUCAAAAUUUGUUAGAAGAUGUUAAAAAGUUUUUACAGGGAUCAGUAGAGCACUGCACCAUUGGCGUACAAAUACUAUCGCAAUUGGUCUCAGAAAUGAAUUCAAUUGUAGAGAUCGAUGUGCACUUGUCGUUUUCGAAAAACCGUAAAAUUGCUACAUCCUAUCGUGAUCAGCAGCUGUAUGAUACGUUUCUGCUUUCUUGCUCACUUUUAAUAACAGCACGUGACAAUAGCAAAAAUCUAAACUUUUUGGACGAGCCGCAACAAGCUUUAAUAUCGCACGUGUUGCGUCUAACCAAGAAUUGUUUGAGUUUCGACUUCAUUGGCAGUUCAACAGAUGAAUCUGCAGAUGAUAUGAAUAAUGUUCAGAUACCCACAGCCUGGCGUCCCGCGUUCCUUGACUCAAACACACUUAAACUGUUUUUUGAUUUGUACGAAAUUUUACCUAACGGCCUAGCUAGUUAUUCACUGUCGUGUUUGGUGCAAAUAACAUCAGUUCGGCGCUCGCUAUUUAGCAACUCUGAGCGCACGAAAUUCCUCACACACCUUGUAGAAGGUGUUAAGAAUAUACUCACCAACUUACAUGGUCUCAGCGAUCCGGACAAUUAUCAUGAGUUUUGCCGCUUACUGGCACGGUUAAAGUCAAACUACCAGCUAGGUGAACUUAUAGCAGUGCCCUGUUACCCAGAGGCUAUCGAAUUGAUAGCAAAGUUUACGGUGCAAUCAUUACAUAUGUGGCUUUUUGCUCCAAACAGCGUCCACUAUCUAUUGACACUGUGGCAGCGUAUGGUGGCUUCGGUACCGUAUGUUAAAUCACCGGAUCCCCAUUUGCUUGGAACGUACACGCCUGAAGUAAUCAAAGCAUAUAUCGAAUCGCGGCUCGAUGCUGUACCCGUAAUUGUACGUGACAAUUUAGAUGAUCCUCUUGAUGAUCUUUGUAUGGUGCAGCAACAGUUGGAGCAGUUAUCCGUCAUCGAACGUUGCGAAUACAAUAAGACUUGUAAUCUGCUUGUACAACACUUCGAUCUGAAAGCGCGAGAAUAUGAAAACCUUGUGCAGACGCCAAAUGUAAACGUAAUAGACAUCACAGUGCAUGAGCUUCAAUUGACCUGGUUAGUGUAUAUAAUUGGAUCGGCUAUUGUGGGACGACUUUCCGUGACGACUAGUGAUGAGCACGAUACGAUGGAUGCGGAGCUGGUUAUACGUGUCUUACAAUUAAUGAGUUUAACGGACGCACGCUUACCACAGGCUGGUUGCGAGAAGCUCGAGUUAGCUAUAUUAAGCUUUUUGGAUCAAGUGCGGAAAAUGCACAGCAGCGAGCAAGCACAAAAGGCGAACGUAUACAAGCGGCUGAGUGAAGUUUUCGGCUUGAGUGAUGAACAAAUGCUGUUAAGUUUUAUUAAUCGGAAAAUCAUAACCAAUUUAAAGUUUUGGGGACGAUCUGAGCAAAUCAUUACAAAAACUCUUAUGUUACUUUCGGAUCUUUCGGUGCACUUCAACUCAGUGCGUAAGCUUGCCCGCCUCGAGGAGGUGCAAUUUAUGCUGACCCAUCACACGAGUGAACAUUUCCCCUUUCUUGGAACGAACUCUUCGUUAAGUGAAAUGCGGUGUCGAACAAUGUUCUAUACGUCAUUGGGGCGGCUGCUUAUGUUCGAUUUAGGCGAAGAUGAGGAGCGUUUUUACAACUUCUUAACACCCCUAACUAAUCAAUUCGAGUCGCUCGGAACAGUGCUCAUGGACACCAAUGGGUAUCCUAAUGAAGAGGCGAAGAAGGCCGUUAUUGGAUUGGCACGAGACUUGCGUGGCUUGGCUCUGCCAUUAAACGCACGUAUUCAAUAUACUAUGUUCUUUGAGUGGCUAUAUUAUACGGACUAUUUGCCGAUAUUACUACGCGCAGUCGAGUUGUGGGCGCACGAUCCGGCCGUCACUACACCUGUUCUUAAACUAUUCGCUGAAUUAGUUCAUUGUCGCACUCAACGUCUAGCCGGAAAUGUGUCCAGCCCUAUGGGCAUAUUACUCUUUCGAGAGGCAUCGAAAUUAAUUUGUAUCUACGGAAAUCGUAUUUUGCAUCUAGAUGUACCUCGUGAUCAGCUCUAUCCAAUGCGACUGAAAGGUAUUUCAGUGUGUUUUCUGAUCUUGAAAAAUGCUCUAGGAGGUAACUAUGUUAAUUGUGGCGUGUUUAAACUCUAUGGCGAUGAUACAUUAGAUAACGUCCUUGGCAUUAUUGCCAAGUUAAUACUGUCCAUACAACAGAACGACUUAUUGGAAUACCCAAAGUUGGCGUCAGCAUAUUACAACUUGUUAAACUGCCUAUCCCAGGACCAUAUUACUUAUUUUGCUGCUUUGGAGCCCCCUGCAUUUUUAUAUAUAUUGGAAAGUCUGACGAAGGGCCUUGCCGCGUUAGAUUCAACAAUUUAUAUUAGUUGCUGCACCAUAUUGGACAGCAUAGUUUCAUACAUCUUUAAGCAGCUACAACUAAAAAUUUCGACAUUUCCCAAUAAGAAACUCCGCAGCUUGACCCAGGAGAAUGCACAGUUUCUAAAGGUAGUAGAAAUGAACUCUGAGCUGCUGCAAAAUAUGAUGUCGUCAUUGUUGAACAACGUACUUGCAGAAGACUGUCGUAACCAAUGGUCUAUGUCACGUCCCCUUCUAGUGCUUAUACUUCUUUACGAGGACUACUAUAGAUCACUUAAGGAAAGCAUCAUUAGAGCCCAGCCUGUGGAAAAACAGCAAACAAUGGUACAAUGGUUUGACGAUCUGAUGCUUGGUAUUGAGCGCAAUGUAUCUAGUAAAAACAAGGAGAAAUUUACACAAAACUUGUCGACGUUCCGGCGUGAUGUGGUAAAUUUACCUAAGACGACGACCUAUUCAACCGAUUUACUUUGCGGGUCUGCUACGCCUGAUUAUGGAACUUAUAUAUAGGUGCAAAAACUUAAUCAUGCAAUUUAUUUGGUGUGUGCGUCCGAAUAAUAAACCAAUGUCUGAGCCGUAGACGUGUUGUGAAAUGCUUCUGCCGAAGGUUGCGUGCCUUAUAUUAAACUGACUGUUAAGAGUGAGGGCAUUAAAACAGUCUAGACGAGAUACGAGAUUAACGCCGAUUUAAUAUACUACUAUAUACCUCAGGGAAAUAUUCAUAUGUACAGUUUAUUCCCGACUCUACUCUUAUUUUUACGGCGUUUUUAUGUUGCUGAGAUUUCUUGUGUUAUCUUUAUUUUGCUACUUGGAAUACGUUCCUUGAUCUUCAUCGUUAGUACUAUUAUCAAAACUAGUACAAAGGCAUAAUUCUUGGGAAAUAUGUAUAUGUCAAAAUGGAGAUUAGUGUGUAUAUUAAUUAUUAAUGUGGGUGGGUACAUCAAAGUUAAGGAAACUUGUGAUUUUUGUUAUAUAGAAAAGAGCAUGCGAGAGGUAAAAGUAAAGACUCUUUUAAAAUAGCAAUUACAACUAAUUUAAGUUUUUACGUAUAAAUGUCAUGAGAAACGGAUAUCUCAGCUACUUACAAAAUCGGCUUAAUAACAGAUUAAGAAAAACUGACAUCAAAAUUGACCAUAUCGCUUGCAUAUUUAAUCGAUGCAGAAACAAUAUUCCAAACACCUUCAAAAACCCCGAAAGUUAGGGCUUGACAAGAUUUCUAAUAUCAAGAAAAUAAUAUCAAGAGGCUUAGCAAAUCGGCAAAUAGCAAAAUCACAUGACGAAUCACCGAUGAUUCGGGUUGCAGUCUCCAUUUCGCUGCAUACUUGUACUCACACUGAUCACCAAAAAAAAUGUUGACAUGCAAAAAUGUUUCCUUUGUUUGAUUUAACUUAUAAUAUUUUAAAUGUUAAAAC